CCCAGCAGAGCUUCUCCCUGAAGAAUGUGGCUACCUCUGUUACUGCUAGUAUUAGUGCUAAUACUUCUGUAUAGGUGGCACAGGCAGAGCCAGAUACUGCAGAAUAUCUCAGAUAAAUAUGUGCUGAUCACUGGAUGCGACACUGGAUUUGGGAACCUGUUGGCAAAACAGCUAGAUCAACUUGGACUGCUAGUCCUCGCAGCCUGUCUGACAGAGAAAGGGGCUGAGGGCCUAAAGAAGGAGACUUCUACCAGAGUACAGACAGUGAUUCUGGAUGUUUCUGAUAAUCAAAGUGUUAGCUCUGCAGCUGAAUGGACAACUCGCAUUGUUGGAGAUUCAGGUAAAUUGAUAUUCAUAUAUGAAGACAUGUAGAUCUUCCAUAAAUGCUAUAUACCAUCCCGAGUUUAGUUUAGGGAAGUAGUAAAUAUUUUUAAUCCUGUUUAUUGAAUAAAGAUGUAAGUAGCAUGGUGAGUGAUUGAGAGAAUUAUAAAGGAUAGGGCGGGACAGAAAAGUAUAUCUAAGAGACACAUUGGAAAUACUGAUAUAGUAAGAUUAUCAUUAGACAGGGUUAAAUUGUAAUACCUCCAGAAUGGGCAGCAAAACAUACCAAUAUUUUAUGACUUGUUCCAUUUUACAUUAAAAAACAAAACAAAUUGAAUGGUUAAAAGGACACUAAAAUCACCAAAACAACUUUAGCUAAAUGAAGCAGUUUUGGUGUUUCACUGCUUAAUUCUCUGCCAUUCAGGAGUUAAAUAACUUUUGUUUCUGUUUAUGCAGCCCUAGCCACAGCUACUUUGAAAGUUUUUAUCUGGUGCUCUGUAAAACUUACUUUAUUUACACACUUUAUUUAAUGGCCGGUGCUUCCUAUUGUCGCCUUGGGCGCUCCUCAGGAAGGCGGGCCGCCAGCCUCUCAAAUGGUGCAGCCAGCUGAGCACUCUAUAUAGAGAAAAAUAGUAUAAAUGGUGAGAGCACACACAAACAGUAAAUUUCUUUACCCUUGUAUUCAAUUAAAAUCCUGUAAAUAUAAAAUCAGGAAAAAAACAUAGGGUAAUAACAUCCAGAUAAAUUAUAAAUAAUUUAGCAAACUCACAUAUUACUGAGCCACUUAAAAGCUGACUCAGACUAAGAACGUUGAAUGGAUAGGAAGUAGUGAUUGCUGCAAUCAAAAGCCAACUGUUUGCUUGUUCCUUCUUUAAAAUGCCCAGGAUGCAGGUUCUUUUUAAAAAGGUUUUAUUGCAAGGUAAAAAAAAACAGCAGCAGAAAUAGAAAACAGCAAUCUCACUCUCCACACACUGACGCGUUUCAGUCGAAGCUUUUUUCAAAGUGUAAAUCCAUUCAGUUCAAUCUUGUUUUAAAUAGGAAUCCUUUCGCGCCCUUUCCUGUUCAAGUUUUCUGUACCUCCCCUUCUCUCCCUACGUAACCGGCAACCGGGCAUCCUAGCGUCUGUAGUUACCCCUUCACUUCUGCAUUCGUAA